AUGGAUGAUGGGGAUUGCUUUGGGAAUAACGAGGUUUUCAAUCCCAUCAUUCAAUUGGGCUCACAGGUCGCUUGCUUGCUCGUUAUCUCGCAUUUCUUCCAAAUUCUGCUUAAGCCCUUGGGCCAACCCGCACCCGUUGCGCAAAUUCUCGCAGGAUUCGUGUUGGGACCAUCCGGAUUAUCCCGUAUCGACAUUGUCCGAGCAUUCUUCUUCUCCAAUGCAGCCGAUUACUACGAGACAAUGGCCCUAUACGCUCGAAUCAUAAUCAUGUUCCUAAUCGGGCUCGAAACAGACGUCCCUUACCUAAAACGAAACCUUCGUAUAGCCAGCAUCAUCUCCUUAGCCAGCAGCUUCAUAUGCACCAUAUUUGCUGUAGCUGUCACUUCCUUCAUAUACGAAGAAAUGGGGGCCCACGGGUCGGGAGUCAUAAUGGCCCUAACCCUAGCCGUAAUCCUCUCCAACACGGCUUCCCCUUUCGUGGCCCGGUUGGCCCACGACCUCAAAUUCGCCAGCACAGACAUCGGCCGGCUGGCAAUAUCGACUUCUUUGAUCGGUGACACUUACGCCGUGUUUUUGCUCAUCAUAAUUUCAAGAAAUAAACGUGAAAAUAAAUUUUCGAGCUGGGUUUGGCUCGGUUUGCUCUACUCCCUCAUCGUUAUAGUGGUUAUAAUCGUGAAUAGGCACGUCGCCAGCUGGCUUAACCGGAGGAAGAGGAACCAAAAGUACUUGAAAAAUGCUGAGCUUUUUGUGCUUUUGGCGAUUCUAUUCGUGGCAGCCACUUCGCUCGAGACGAUGGGUUUUAGUAGCAUUAUCGCGUGUUUUUUGUUAGGGGCAAUGUUUCCUCGAGGGGGUAAAACGGGAAGGACCCUCUUGAUAAAGCUUUCGUAUUUUGUGCACAAUUUCGUGCUUCCGAUAUAUUUUGGGUACAGUGGGUUCAAGGCGGAUAUAACCAUUAUCGAUAGUUUUCGUAAUUUCGCGAUAGUUGCUAUUGUGAUACUGUUGAGUAUUGGAGGGAAAGUGACAGGCACGCUGGCUGCUUGCUGUCAUUUGAAAAUCCCACUUAACGAGGGGGUUCUCUUAGCUUUCUUGAUGAACUUGAAGGGGCACGUCGAUUUGCUUGCCCUCACGAUCGGGUUGGAGAAUAAAGUGAUGUCGAGCCAAGUAUUCUACAUCCUGAUGAUGGCAGCCGUCGUAAUCAACUCCCUACUGUGGGGCCCACUCAUCUCAUUCAUGGUCCGUCGGGAGAGCGAUAUCCUCGGCUACAAGCACGUGUCUUUCGAGUACCAAUCCCCCGAGUGUGAGCUCAAGCUCUUAUCCUGCGUCCACGGGCCUCGGCCCGUGGCCUCCAUGAUCGGCCUCAUAGCCUCAUGCAAAGGCUCGGAUCACGUCCCGAUCACCCCUUACCUCAUGCACCUAAUCGAGCUCCCUGAAAAGACCAAAACUAACCUUCUCUACCACCAAAAGGAAGAAGACGAGCUAAGUGACGAUGAAAACUACGGAGGUAACGACGUGGUCGAAAUAAACGAGGCAGUCGAUAUUUUCACGGCCGAGACAGGCAUAUACAUUAACCAGGUGAAAGUUGUCUCGCCCUUCGCAACAAUGUAUGCUGAGGUGUGCGAGUUUUCCGAGGAUGUUCGGGCCUCGAUCGUGAUCUUACCUUUCCACAAGCACCAAAGGAUAGAUGGGAAGUUGGAGCCCGGGAAGGAAGGUAUAAGGGCCACGAACCAAAAAGUGCUCCGGCACGCAAAGUGUUCUGUGGCAGUUUUAGUGGACCGUGGGCUGACUUCGCAUGUUCCAGGCUCGGGCUCACUUCAGCAUGUGGCAAUGCUGUACUUUGGUGGGCCUGAUGACAGGGAGGCGCUUGGGCUGAGCAAGCGUCUAGGAAUGCACCAAAGCAUUAACCUGACUGUGAUUCGGUUCUUGCGCAGGCCCGGCCCGAGUGAGAAUGUGGCCAUCGAUAUGGAUGAAAGGGAAGGGGAUUUCCUGAUGAGGUCCAUUAACCAGGAGCCGCAGAACGAUGCUGACAAUAUUGCAUUGAGUGCGUUUUUUAAUAGGUAUGUGACUUCGGGCCAAGUCGGGUACGUGGAGAAGCAAGUGACAGAUGGUGGAGAGACAGCAUCAGCUCUAAGAGAUAUGGCCGAUAUGUAUUCCAUGUUUAUAGUUGGAAAGGGAGGAAGAGGCCACUCGACACUAACAACCGGCCUGAGUGAUUGGGAAGAAUGUCCCGAGCUUGGGAAAGUAGGUGAUUUUUUAGCUUCCUCGGAUUUCGAGCUUAGUGGUUCGGUUUUAGUUGUACAACAGCAUAGAACAUCGAAAACGGAAGAUGGAGAUCGAUAG